AUGGCAAAGAUAAAGAUGGACGAGGAAUAUGGAUUGGAUCGUGCGAUCGAGGUUGGCACGGAUGACGAAGAAAAUGAAGCUGAAACUUAUUGUGUUGCUUCCACUGACGACGACGAUGACGACGAUGUUAUUAAUCCUCGUUCUCGGGAUCCUCUCGUCGAUUCUAAUCAUGCAUGGCCACAAUCCUAUAGGAAGUCUAUGGAUAUGUUUACAGGGACACCUCCAUCCAGGAGCUAUUUAACAGGCUACUCUGCUCAGUCUUCGCCAUACAAGAGAUCACAGCUUUCGAUGCAUGAUGAGUUCUUCCUGAAUCAGCCCCUUAUUCCUGAAACAAGCUUGGACAAAGAAGAGGUGCCUACCUCAACACUCCCUGUGAGGUUAUCUGCUACUUCAAGCAUAAUCUCAUCCCUCAGUGAUACGCCACAGCAACAAAAGUGCUCCUUUUCUCAGUCUGUGCUUAAUGCAAUAAAUGUGUUAUGUGGCAUUGGAAUACUCUCGACUCCUUAUGCAAUCAAAGAAGGGGGGUGGUGGAGCCUUACAAUCCUUGUAAUUCUUGGUAUCGUGACUUGCUAUACUGGAGUCUUGUUGAAACUCUGUUUAGAAAGCUCUCCAAGGUUACAAUCUUAUCCAGAUAUCGGGCAGGCUGCAUUUGGCGUUGCAGGUCGCAUAUGCAUCGGUUCUUCUUGUGUGGAGUACUUGAUAAUGAUGUGUGAUAACCUGUCUGCAUUAUACCCCAAUAUCCAUGUGGAUUUUGCUGGAAUACAUCUUGAUUCUUAUUAUUUAUGCGCCAUUAUAUCAACUCUUGUUAUUCUGCCAACAGUUUGGCUUCGAGAUUUGAGCUUGCUCUCAUAUGUUUCAGUUGGAGGAAUUUUGGCAAUGGUUUUGGUGGUGGUUUGCUUAUUUUGGGUCGGGAUUGUAGAUGGAGUUGGGUUUCAUCCAGGUGGCUCGGCUUUAAACCUUGCAAACCUGCCCGUUACAGUUGGUCUUUAUGGCUUUUGCUAUGGAAGCCAUUCUGUAUUUCCAAAUGUAUAUUCUGCCAUGAAAGAGCCAAGUCGAUUUUCAUCUGUUCUUAUUAUCAGCUUUGUCACUGCCGGGCUUUUGUACAUGGGAGUGGGAAUUUGCGGUUACUUAAUAUUUGGGGAAGCUACUAAAUCCCAAUUCACAUUAAACUUACCUGCAAAAUAUGUUGCAUCUAAGGUUGCAACCUGGACAGUAGUUAUAGCGCCAGUUACAAAGUAUGCCUUGACACUUACCCCUGUGGCAUUUGGUAUUGAGGAACUAUUGCCUUCCGCUUAUCAAUCUUACAAUGUGUCAAUUUUAAUCAGAACUAUAUUAGCGAUUUCAACGCUAAUAAUAACUUUGGCAGUUCCAUACUUCAGUUCCAUGAUGGCACUGAUAGGAUCUCUUCUGGUGAUGCUUGUAGCUGUAAUCUUUCCGUGCAUAUGCUAUCUCGGUAUAAACCAAGGUCGACUAAGAAAGCCCCAGAUUGCAGUGAUCAUCUUCGUAAUAUUUGUGGGAGUGAUCUGUGCAAUUGUUGGCACGUAUUCAGCAAUCUUGGACAUAAUGAAACAGAAGGCCUGAUACAAGGCAUGACAAUUGUAUACGGUAUACUUUGAAACCAACAAUGUUGUUUCCUGUAAAAUUAUCCAGGUUAUGAGUGUAACCUGCAAUACAAACAAUGUGAACUAAAAGCUAAGACGGAUACCAUAGUUUUCAUCUGAAGGCUCCAGAAGGGGAACUUGAUGGCCACAGAACCUUGUAAAUGUGCUAUCUGUAUCAUUUUUAUUUAUACGAGCUGUAG